AUGUAUGACGUGCAGGUGGUGGAGGGUAUAAUAAAGAUCUUUGAAGACUUCGCCUCUCCUGAAGAGAUUCACGUCAUCUGUCGCACCUUCUACGAUGCUUACCUCUCAGGAGACAAGAAAUCCAAGCUCUUUGUUACCCUUCUUCUUCCCACCGUACUCCUCACUUACUUUGUACGUCUCCACACUGAUGCAGCGAUAACGUCGGCAGGGUCUACAACUGUUAAACCGUUGUCUCCUAGUCAGUCCCGCCGUAACUCGCAAACAACUUUCAGCCUUGGUGAUGAGUCCUCCAGCAGUCCAUUGGAUUCACUUGCCUUUCUCCUCUCCGAGUUUUGCCAGCUGGCUCCUGCCGUAAUUAGAUGUCCUGAAAACUGCGGCAGCAGUGCUGCAUACUUACCCGACUACAGAGUCGCCUCAGUCUAUCAUGCACCCGCCUUCAACAUUCCCGCAAAGUCCCUGACUCCCAAACCUAUCACCUCGCGCAAUAGUUCUUCUACUCUGAGGCUCAAUCACGCUUCACUUUCCACUCUACCCUCUCCCAAUUUCUCCAACUUUGAUCCUGCAUGCAUAGUCCGCAUCUACGCAGAUGCUCUUACGCGUCAAUUUGUGGAAGGCACAGAGGAACAGCAGGGUCUCGUAAUCAUAUCUAUCCGUACUUUCUGCGAUCUUGUGAAGCGCCUCACCGCCUUGGACACGCCUCGCAUUCUACUCCGCAGCCAGCACCAUCACUCGGUUCUCCUCAUUGACCUCAGUAUUGCCAUUGAUAAACUCCUUUUCAUGCUCUCCUUCGAGCUUUCCUUACCCACAGCCCCGGAUACGGGUUGUGCAUCUCCUCCUGACGAUGUGAAGUCGUUGCGGAAUCGGCUAUUUGAGGAACUUCUUCCGAGGCUGGAGCGCUAUGCUAGCUAUCACUGCUUUGCUUCGGUUUUGUUGGUUGUUGGCGCGAUCCGAAACGCCUGGCGCCUGUGCCUUCAUCCAUCCACACCUGUUAGCCCCUCUGGGAUUGUCCCUAUCUACCGCAGAGUACGCCUAACUUCGGAUGAAGCAAUGAAUCGCUCAGAUGCCUCUCCAGACGAAGCAAUGGAUAGCAUGCUGUGUCCUGCAUCGCCUUCCACCCACAAACUCUCUGUCUUUACCAACGCUAACUUUCGAGCAGAGCCAGUUGCGGAAGACAUUCCCAUCAAUGGUGAGCAGGAGACAGCGAAAAUGGGAACAGAUCGUUGGAAGAAGCAGCAUCAGCACCACAACCUCACUAUCGGCUCUCAUAAUCACAUUCGUCAUUACCACCACUACUACCAGCAACAACAGCAGUACUUCGACGAAGGGCUGACUAGGAGUUCAGAAAACCUCCACUCCACCUUGUCAUCCUCUUCAUUGAAUUUGGACAGAGCUGGUCAACAUCAUAGGCGAUUUUGGAGUAAACAAAGGCGAGAGAAGAGUUAA